AUGAAGACGCCAGCUGCUGCCAUGCCGAACAUGGCCCGCCGCGCGGCAGUGAAAGACAUAGACACAGUGGCUCUUGCUGUCGACUUGGAGCGGGUGUGGCGCGACUGGAAAGAAGAGAUGCAGCAUCCGCUCGCAGUGGACAUCUACGAUGCGUUGAAAGCGUCGCAAGCGCCCAGAGGCGCUCUCCUCGCCAAGCUGGCACCGGUGCUCUUUGCAUUCCUGAGAAGCUCGCCCGAAGGUGAGAUUAAGUGGCUCCAGCUGAAAGAAGCUAUCUCGACCGUGCACGCCAGGAUCGUCCAGACCGACCAGGCAUCUGUGUGGGCGCCUGCGCAGCCGCCCGUUGGCGACGACGUCAUGGCUGGCCGCUGGGCGCAGACGGCCAUGGUGAUGUUGUGCCAUAUUCGGCAGCUCAAAACCGUGGAGAAGUUCGACUGCGUCGUCCGUGGUCUCGGCGGGCAGGCUCGGGGUGACAUGACUCGCAUCCGUGACAUCCUCGUCCAGUCCACGUCCGGGCCCGCAGAGGCUGGCACGGGGCAGACUGCAGCUGCUCCACUCAAGCCGACAACGCUCUCGCAGGAGAGCCCCCUCGCCCCACGCAAGCGGGAUCGCGAGAAGGAGGACGGCAAGGGGACUCUGAGCACCGUCAUCACGCAGCCUACGACACCGCAACACAUCGACCACAGUUCGGGUUCGGGCCAUGUGAGCAUGCCUGAGCAGGCGGAGAGUGAGCACAGCACCAUUCCUGCGCCGCUAGACGAGGAGGCGUUGCCUGCGGAUGCCGGGACCGUGAGUCGCCCUGAGUCCACCCAAACGCCGAAGCGUUUGCGGACAGGCGGCAGCCCAGCAGGAGGACUUCGUCUUCGCGCCAAAAGGCCACCCGUCAUGUGGAUCUCUGACACGCCAAGAACAGGAACGCAAGACGUCGUGGACUUGUGCACGCCAGCCAGGGGCAUCCUGCCAACCAGAAGUGGCAGCAUGGGUGGCAGCUCGAUGGUCCCUGACACGAACGCAAUGGAGCACGGGAAGAAUUCCCGAAAGAAGCCUGCGGCUGCGAGCAAGAUGGGCACCAAGAAGCCGGCAGCAGCGGCGGCUCUGGGGGGUACUCUGAAGAAGCCGUCAGCAAAUAUGAAAAAACCAGCCAGCCAGACGCCCUGGACUGUCGUGAAGGUGAAGCAGACCUGCGCCACCAAGAAAAGCUACCUACAAGCCGUGUUCCCAUGCGGCAGUUCCAAGCUUAUCAUUGGCUGCGAGCGAGCUAAUCACGGACAGGUGAUCCGCGACAUGCUGACGUUCACCGAAAGCUUGAUGAAGGGAGUCACAGACGAGCGCACUUGGGAGAAUAGUCGGUAUAGUCUUGCGGUCAUGCGGGCGGUUCGGGAUGUCCAGAGGGGCGAGGUCGUCGUGUUCGUCGGCGGGGACGCGCUGAAGAUGCGAGACCUGAAGACACUCUUUGCCGACUUGAGCCGGAGCGCGGCUGCGGCGUCUGCGCCCAUAUGUGUGGGCAGCAGCACGGAGUCUGCUUGCAGCACUCCUGCAUCCUUGGAUGACUCUUCCACUGAGGCUUUGGACUGGCAGGAGGACGCACUGCCGGACCGGCCUCAUGGUGCAGAGGCGGAGCGUCGACUCAGUGCGCCGGAGAAGAAGUUCCUGGCCCGAUGUGUCGUCUUGCUGCCGGAGCUGCGACAGCGGGACCUGCAGCAGCACGUUGCUGUGGUGGAAGGAGUGGAGCAAGGCCUCCUGGACUACAAGAACUACAAGGGUCGGCGCCCGACGAACAAGGACAUGAAGCAGAAGCUCCAGAGCGCCAGCAAUGCUCUCAGCAAUGCUCUCUUGCCGACUCCGGCUGGGCUGCCAGCCUCACUCCCCCGAGCCCGAGGCGGCGGCUGCUUGGAUGACGACUCCGAGUCCGACGGCAAGCGACGCCGACUGAGCUCGGGAGGCGAGCUGGCAGUGAUGCUGCUCGCAUGGACGCGCGCGGGCAGGGAUGCCUGCAUGAUCUCACGGAUAGCUCAAGGAGAUUUGGACCGGGCAGUGAUGCCUCGAGGAUACGCGGCGUCGUGCCUCACGUCAAGGAAGCGGCAAGGAGGGCGGGCAGUGAUGCCUGAUCUCCAAGAUCCGAUGCGUAUAGGAGAGCUGGCAGUGAUGCCAGCUCUCCACCUGAAGGAUCGAGAUCUGGCAACGCGUCCGCUGGCAGUGAUGCCAGUCUGGACGAUGCAUGAGGGAGGGCUGGCGGGGCUGCCACAUCUUCGGGAUCCGCCGGCCGUGAUGAUGCCGUCCGAGGCGCGUUGCAUUUUGCUUGCUCGAGCAUUCGGUGUUUGUUUCACCAUGCCUGCCGGCCACAAGCCCUGUGACAAGCGCUCCUACAUGCGCCAGCACUGGCUGCGGCUGGGAAAGCCGCAGGGUUCCUUCGUGACGUGGAGGGAAAGCUUAACGCCCGCACAUCUGCAAGACUUGUUCGCGCACGACAUGGAGAACGCAACUAUGGAAAUGCGCGCUGCUGUGCAGCGAGCACGUGCACAGGAUGCAGCUGCGGAAGAAGAGUGUGAAGACGAAGAAGAAGAAGAAGAAGAAGAUGAGGAGGACGAGGAGGAUCCCGUGGUGGAGCUGGCCGCGAAGACGGAAGCGGAUCGCUUAGAGCGGCAAGCACUCAUGGAGAGCCAAGCCAAGGAGGCCGCAAAGGAGGCGGCGGAGAAGAAAGCUGCAAAGAAAGCGGAGGAGAAGAAAGCUGCCAAGGAGUCAGCGGAGGGAAAGAAAGCUGGCGCAGCGUCUGCGGAGGAGGAGAAGGCUGGCAAAGAAUCCGCGAAGAAGAAGAAGAAGCGGGCAAAGAGCACGAUGCCUGUGGCGGAAGCUGUGCCGGCCGACCCAGCCGAGCCGGCCGAGCCUGCCGAGAAGCGCCGCAAGCUUCGGAGGCAUGUCAGGGCCACGUCCAGCAAGAAAGCGGAGGAUGCCGACGCCAGCAAGAGCCAGGCAGAGGAUGCCGCUACUGCUGCCCCUGCCAGCAAGAAAGAGGGCGGCGCGGCCCGUUUGAGCAUCAAGGAUGCGGCCCAGGAUGCGGCCGAGGACGCCGACAAGAAGCAGGCUGCUGAGAAGCAGCAGGCGACUGUGUCCGAGAUGGAGAAGUUCGAACGUCGGUACGGCAGGUGGUGUAAUGCCUGCCAGCGCAAGAUCUAUUGGGCCAAGUCGUAUUACAGCGGCCCACCAUGGGUCCACCUGAAGGACGCCGAUAUCUGGCACGCUCUCAAAUGUCCCAAUCUUUGGUGCGCGGAAAACGCUGCCCUCCGUACAGAUUUGGGCAAGCACGGCAUCGAGUUUCACAUGCCAUACUGGAAGCAGGCUAGCUUGCAGGAGCCAUCGCUGAGCGGCAACGUCAUCGAGGAGUACGAGAAGUGGCUCGGUCCGAGCAGACAGAGCCGGAGCAAGCAGCAGAGAUGGGUGGCGGGCCUUACUCGUGUCGAGGCGCAGGUAGUGGCAGAGAUGCCCAGACCGCGGGACUAUGACGAGCAGGAGGAGGGCAGCGAGGAGGAGCGCCAAGUGGAGAAGAAAGAGGACGAGUGUGGGCAGCUUUGUGAAGAGCAUGGCCGCCCGUGCUGCCGAAAGAUGUAUCUGGGACUGCGUCCGCACGGCUCGCACUACUGUGAGGAAUGUGUUGUACGCUGGUAUCAGGAUUGGGAUGCUGCAAAGAAGAAAGACACGUCCGCGGUCGAUGGAUGGGUCGACCUCCCGGAGGCCAAGCACGCCCGGGCAGUGAUGCCCGGGAGGUUGGGUGGCGGGAAACUGAAUGGCUCGGGCAGUGAUGCCCGGGAGGUUGGGUUGGGUACACGGAAACUGAAUGGCUCGGGCAGUGAUGCCCGGGAGGUUGGGUACACAGAAACUGAGUGGCUGAGGCUGACCGGCGGUACAUUGGCGGAGGCGACCAGGCGCACAGGUCGCGGCUCCAAGGCUUCGAAGAGCAGCGGCGACAUGACGAAGACCUUGUGGAACGCGCUCUACUACGAGCCCAGAGCUGAAGAUGAGGAAGUGAAGAGCUUCCGCUGCGAGAAACUUUUGGAGUUCCGUGCUGCCGGUGAGGACCGGAAGAGGAGCAUGAUCGCAGAGUUCAUGCAGAACGGAAAGAAGAUGAAGGCUUGGCACGCCUCCGUCUCCGAGUCCGUCAAAGAAAUGAGCGAGGCCAAGGAGGGCAGCGUCGAGGGCUGGGCGGACAAGGAUGGCAUCAUGCAGGCGUACCAUCUCAGCUGGCAGGAUCCCAACCUAGAGCAGAAACUCAGCUGGCUGACUGAAGGCCUGCCUGUCCGCGACCAUCGGAACGCGAACUACGCCAAGGCAGGCUACAAGGAGUGGUACUUCAGCAAGGAGACGCUCAAGGAAGUCUCGGCCACCACCCUGCAUGCCAAGGAGCUCCGAGCGGACAGCUCCCUGGGCAGCUUGUCCAGCAAGCCGGCGGCGGUGGUGAACGUGUCCCAGGCCAGGCAAGACUUCGCCGCCCUUAUGAAAGAGGCUGCGCGCGUGGAUCGGGAAGUGCACGCAGAGCUAGCCAAGCAUCGGGAAGUGGAGCGAGACGCUGAACUUGCUGGUGACAUUCCUGAGAUGGCUGAGCUCGCGAAGCUGAAGGAGGACCUGGAGACGGCACAGGGCAGGUUCGACCAGGUCAUCAUGACCAGCAAGCGUUUCCUCGAGGACUUCAGCGAGCAGCAGGCAGCAGAGCACACUACGUCGCUCAGCACCAGUGUGCAGUCGGUGCAGCAGGUUUGCCAGCGCUACCAUAACCAGAAGAACACCGUUGUCCGCGCCGUGGGCCGGAAGCGACUCACGGCUGCCCGAGUUUCCAUGGACGGCACGCUCACCAGCAUCCGGGCUGCACAGGCUUCAGUCCACGCCGAGAACAUGCCCGUGUCUGCGCAGCCCACAGAUCUGCUAGCAGCGUCGCACCAGCCAUUUUAUGCAGCAGGCAGCCAAGUCCUACUGCGUGCGUGGGCAUGGGGCGGCCUCAGUGCAACCACCGUGCAAGCCCUGGCACGCGCUGCUUUAGAGUCGGGCGCUCAAGGGGGAGACCUGGCGGUCAUGGCAGCGGCCGGGUGCCACGGCUGUCACCCAGGCAACAUCUCCCGAGACCUCUGCCGCAAGCUCGUGCCCCUGCUGGCUUCCAGACCUGCUUUCGAGGUGCCGUGUGAAGUCAGCACCAAAGAACCGCAGAGCGGUCGUAUGCGACUCGCCUCAGAAAGCCAGCACAUACUGCUGCCACAUGAGAUUCUGGCAGAUGUGUGCAGCAGCCUCGAAGCCGAGCGGCUGCUCGGCUUAAGUAAACGAGAACAGUUCUGGAAGGACUUCGAGGAGAGCGGUGCAAUGCAGGACCGGCCUGAACUCCUGGAAGCGCGGGCAGCCAACAUGCUGCCGCUGAUACUCCACACAGACGGCGCCCCAUACACCGACACCGGCAGUCUUUUGCAGCUGUCCAUGAGAUCGCUCCUCGGCGAGGGCCCUGUUACCGAGACACAAUUCCUGCUGGCCGGGUUGCCAAAAGCCUGCACGACCACUGCAACGUGGCAUCCAGUCUACGAGGCCGUCGUCCGGAGCUUGGAGUGUCUCUAUUACGGCGACAUCAGUGCCAUGGGCGACACGUACGACAGGUCCUGGCCGGAGACAUGGAAGCGUUGGCUAAUGUUUGGCAGUUGCCGUGUCACGCAAGCGCCAGUCGGCCUUGUGCUUGGUGCUGCGCAGACUGAAUGGGACCACCAACUGCUGCGUGUGCCGGGCAUAAGCUUCCAUUCAGUUUUUCUCGACUUCAUGCACAUUUUCGACGCUGGCGUCUGCCAGUAUUUCCUAGGCGCAGUCCUGGAAGACAUCUGGUGGCAGCUCCCCGGCGCUAACAAGGAACAGCGUCUCACAGCUCUGAAUCAACUGCUGGAAGCCACCCAGGAAGAAAUGAAUGUGGAGCUUCCGAAUCGAAUCAGCGACCUGGUCGAAAGCCAGUUCGCCUCAACCGCGGCGGACUAUCCAGUUCUGAAACGAGUCAAAGCCCGGAAGACCAGGCAGUUAGUGCAUGUUUGCGUUGGCAUGCUCGAAGCUGUGCAUCAGCCAACAGAAUACAUGGAAACGCGACUCGAGGCCGCGAGGCACUUGAGCGAAGCAGUCAGGAUAAUAGAAGCAUGCGAGGCGUGGUGCUUGCCGCCAAACGACGCCUAUCGGCUGGCGGAAGGAUUUACCACGUUUGCGCGACUGAAUAGCAAACUCUGCAAGCACCAUCUGGCACAGAAUCGAUUCCGCUACCACAUGACCAUCAAGUUCCACUUAGCCAUUCAUCUAUGCCAGCAAGCACGCUACCUCAAUCCUCGGAAGACAUGGAAUUACGGCUCUGAGUCAUUUGUGGGAUCCAUAGCCGCAUUAGCUAGAUCCGCGUGCACCGGAAAUCGACCCAGUGGAUUGUCCAAAGCGAUAAUUCGUCGAUAUAACAUCGUGCUGGGCUUGCUGCUGGCUCGAGAACUGCUCGCGAAGCGGGGUGUGCAGCUGGAUGAGUCGGCCAUCCGCAAGGCACUGCGUCGCCAGGGAUACUUCUGGCUUCCGAAAGCGCAGAAGCGCAAGUACAGUGCAGAACGCCGGCAGGAGCGCCUCCGCUUUGCACGGAGCGUGGUGCAGCUCAGUCGGGCCCGCCUGCGAGAGAAGCUUUCCUUCUCCAUGGAUGGGGUCCUGCUGUCGCUACCGCCACGGGAUCCCACGGACCGCCGCAAUUAUUGCGCCCACGGGGAUGGCUACAUGUGGCGGCAGCGCGGGGAGGCUGGAAUGGAGCGGCUGGCUGGACAGAACCCGUACCCGUCACAGGUGCCACGUGCUCGAGCCGUGCCACUCCGGGGUGGGCUGUCAGAAGGGGGCUUCCGCACAGUCGCCUUCCACAAAGCACGCAAGUUCACUGCAGAGGAGUGGUGCCGCGUGGUCCAGACCGGGAAGCUCCAGGCCGCCAUAACAGCGCUGCAGCCAGUGCAGCGACACGGCCCCUGGAAGGUCUUGUGCGACAAUGAGGCCUUCCUGCACACGGCCGCCAGCAGGCAUGCCAUGGCGGCCAAAAACAUCACGCUCUGGCCGGUCCCGGCAUCAUCGCCGGACCUGAACCCUGUGGAGAAGUUCUGGGCGCAGCAUGCUGGCCUUCAAGGCAGUUGGGUGGGCAUGGCGGUGCGUCCUGUGGUUCCUCACGCCUUGACCAUGCAGGAGGUCAGGCACCCACGGUCGCUCAACUUCGCGACUGAGCGCCAGGUUGUGGUGCUGCGGGAGGUGCAUGGCUGCGCGUGGGAGGACAUCCGUUCCCGGGUGCGGAACUUGCGCGGGGAGCGGCCCAGUCUGUCGCUCCUGAAGCGAGUCUACAAGGGCUUCAGCCAGGCAAAGGGGCGGCGACCGUACAAGUACCAGAACUGCGGUCGCCGACCCGUCAAAGCUACCAAGGCCGUGCAGAAGUUCCUGGUGCAGCGCUUGCUCGCCCUGCGCAUGCACUGUGUCUGCACCUCUGGCACCUUGCAGCGAGAACUGCUCGCGAAGCGGGGUGUGCAGCUGGAUGAGUCGGCCAUCCGCAAGGCACUGCGUCGCCAGGGAUACUUCUGGCUUCCGAAAGCGCAGAAGCGCAAGUACAGUGCAGAACGCCGGCAGGAGCGCCUCCGCUUUGCACGGAGCGUGGUGCAGCUCAGUCGGGCCCGCCUGCGAGAGAAGCUUUCCUUCUCCAUGGAUGGGGUCCUGCUGUCGCUACCGCCACGGGAUCCCACGGACCGCCGCAAUUAUUGCGCCCACGGGGAUGGCUACAUGUGGCGGCAGCGCGGGGAGGCUGGAAUGGAGCGGCUGGCUGGACAGAACCCGUACCCGUCACAGGUGCCACGUGCUCGAGCCGUGCCACUCUGGGGUGGGCUGUCAGAAGGGGGCUUCCGCACAGUCGCCUUCCACAAAGCACGCAAGUUCACUGCAGAGGAGUGGUGCCACGUGGUCCAGACCGGGAAGCUCCAGGCCGCCAUAACAGCGCUGCAGCCAGUGCAGCGACACGGCCCCUGGAAGGUCUUGUGCGACAAUGAGGCCUUCCUGCACACGGCCGCCAGCAGGCAUGCCAUGGCGGCCAAAAACAUCACGCUCUGGCCGGUCCCGGCAUCAUCGCCGGACCUGAACCCUGUGGAGAAGUUCUGGGCGUGGCUGCGAAGGCGCCUCCGCCACCUGGAUCGGGAAGACCUCCGCCGCAAGCGCCCGCCCAUCGGCAUGCUGGCCUUCAAGCGUGCGCUGGUGACCUUGUUGCUGGCUCUGGCCGGUGCCUACGGGCUGCAGGUGACCCUCACGCGGGAGUCGACAGAUGUCGAGGUGACGCGGGUCUUCCGGCGAGUGUCCAUCAAGGUGCAUCCCGACAAGGGCGGCGCAGCCGCAGACGCGCAGCGCCUGAAUGCUGCAAGGGAUGCGUGGGUCCAGGCGAGCCAGGGCACAAAGCCGCCAGGCCGACCUGCCCAUGCGCAGGCAGGGCCAGUGUCCGCAAGCAGUGCCGUCACUAACGGGCGCGAAGGCUUGCGCAUUCGCUCCGAGGCGGUGCUCCUGACAUAUCAAAGCUGGCCGGCCGGGGAGGCGCCUGGUGCAUGGCAGCGGUUCUGCGUCUUUGUGGCCGCCUCGGUGACGGCGUGGACUGUCAAGCACUGGGCGGCGACGAUGGAGCAGACCUCUGGCGGCGACUGCCACCUGCACCUCAUGGUCCAAUUCACUUCUGCAGUGGACUGCGGCUCCGCCCGCUUCAUCUUUGAGGGUGUGCGACCCAACGCCAGCCCCAACGACUACCUCGGCGAGGGCGUCUGCCGCAAGAAGCUGCAGCAGUCCAUCAACCGCGGCAUGUUCUACGUGUGGGCUGACAAGGUGGGGACGCUGCGCUUGCCUUCCGGCGAGACUUGCGUCGCGGCCAACUACGAGCCAUGCUGGACUGAGGCUCGGCGAACCUACCAGGUCCUCGGAAAAUGGCCAGAAGCACUGUGGAAACAGCGGAAGCUGACAUCGGCCAAGUACGAGCAGUACCUUUUCCUGACGCGGGACGGGGUUCUGGCACGGAAGCGCAACCUGGAUGCAGUUCGCGAGCAUGAGGCCGCCCUGGCUGACGCCGCCCUCAUCGAGGCCACCACGAAGAGGCUUCGAGCGAACCCAGAGGUGUACCGGGCUUUCCCGGCAGUGCCCGCGGCAGAAGCAUGGUUGGCGACCUUUCGUGAAGAUCGACUACGCUAUCCACUGCUCAUCGUCCACGGGCCCUCCCAGACAGGGAAAACAGAGUGGGUGAAGUCCUUGUUCAAGCGCGCGCUGGAGCUCAAAGUGGGGAGUCUCGACAUCUUCCCAGAGGGGAUGCGCGCCUUUGACAGGGACACCCAUGAUGGCAUCAUCCUGGACGAUGUGAGGGACCUGAAGUUCAUUGCGGAGCACCAGGACAAACUUCAGGGCAAGUACGACACGCGUGUCGAAUUUGCCACGACUCCUGGCGGCACGUGCGCGUACCGGAAGUACCUCUUUGCGGUGCCUGUGGCAGUCACCAUCAACAACAGCACACGGAACCUGGACUUCCUGCGCGCGCAUGACUGGCUCGGCUCCGAGCGCAACCGCGUCCUCGUCCACUUCCCUGACAUCUUGGCACAGGCCGUGUGCGUUUUGGGUCCAAUCGUGCGCCGCAGCCUGGGCCGUGUGCGUUUUGGGUCCGAACGCGUCAGCCGCUCCGGCAGUUGGGUGGGCAUGGCGGUGCGUCCUGUGGUUCCUCACGCCUUGACCAUGCAGGAGGUCAGGCACCCACGGUCGCUCAACUUCGCGACUGAGCGCCAGGUUGUGGUGCUGCGGGAGGUGCAUGGCUGCGCGUGGGAGGACAUCCGUUCCCGGGUGCGGAACUUGCGCGGGGAGCGGCCCAGUCUGUCGCUCCUGAGGCGAGUCUACAAGGGCUUCAGCCAGGCAAAGGGGCGGCGACCGUACAAGUACCAGAACUGCGGUCGCCGACCCGUCAAAGCUACCAAGGCCGUGCAGAAGUUCCUGGUGCAGCGCUUGCUCGCCCUGCGCAUGCACUGUGUCUGCACCUCUGGCACCUUGCAGCGAGAACUGCUCGCGAAGCGGGGUGUGCAGCUGGAUGAGUCGGCCAUCCGCAAGGCACUGCGUCGCCAGGGAUACUUCUGGCUUCCGAAAGCGCAGAAGCGCAAGUACAGUGCAGAACGCCGGCAGGAGCGCCUCCGCUUUGCACGGAGCGUGGUGCAGCUCACGCUAGGGCUCGCUGGCAUGUUGUCGGUGUUCACUUUUUGA